AUGGCUCUCUCUCAGCCUAGCCCGGGACCCCAGGCCGUUCCUGUAACGAACGUGAUCUCUCCUUAUCAGCACUUUCCGGGAUCGUCACCGGAUCAAUACCCGUCGUUAUUUCAGCAGUACCAGCCGUGGAACAGCCACGCGGGGGGCCCGUUCGGGAUGCCUCCGCUGCUCCCCGGCGCCCCGCAACAGUUCCCCCCUGCCUCCCCGCAACAGUACUCCCCCGCCCCCCCGCAGUUCCCCCCCGCAUCCCCCCAACAAUUCGCCCCGCCGUCCCCGCAGUUUCCGCCGGGGUCCACGCAGCAGUUCCCUCCGGCCUCCCCGCAUCAGUUCCCCCCAGCAUCUCCGCAGUUCCCCCAGGGCUCCGCGCAGCAGUUUCCGCCGCAGCAGUUUCCCCCGCAGCAGUUUCCGCCGCAGCAGAUGUUCGGAAUGGGGUUCGCGCGCGGACCUCCGGGGCAGUUUUCCCCUUCCCCCAACUUCUCUCCGCCAACCAUGUCCGCGCAAAACGUCCCCCCCGGUCUGGGCGCGCAAGCCAUGAGUCCGCUGAUGGGUCCGCCGUCCGGUUUCGGGCCCCAUAACAUCCCCCGGAACAAUAAAGGCUCUGGCGCUGGAAAUGCGGGGAUGGGAGCGGGUGGUCCUGCUGGUGGGGGUGGGAAUCAGCGGAGGGGGCAGCAAGCGAGGGCAGGGCAGCAGCCCACGGAGGAGAGCACCCAGCGGACGGUCUAUGUGUCUGACAUCGACCACCAGGUGACGGAGGAGCAGCUCGCCACUCUCUUUCUCUCCUGUGGCCAGGUGGUGGACUGUCGGAUCUGUGGGGACCCCAAUUCGGUGCUCCGAUUUGCAUUUGUGGAGUUUACAGAUGAAGUUUUCCCCCAUGUCUGUCCUUUCCUCUGCACCUCUCGUGCCUUUUCUCGUCCCUCCCAUUUAAACCAGAGGGAACCAGAAGGACAAUGCUGGGAGGGGGCCAAGAACGCGUUGAGCAUAGCAGGCACGAUGCUAGGAUACUACCCGCUCCGGGUGCUGCCUUCUAAGACCGCCAUCCUGCCAGUCAACCCCACCUACCUCCCCAAGUGUGGUUCACAACCCACCCAACCCAAGGUGGCGCUGAGUGAAGAUGUGCCUUGUGGGGUGCUGCUAGGGUACUACCCGCUCCGGGUGCUCCCUUCCAAGACUGCCAUCCUCCCUGUCAACCCCACCUAUCUCCCCAAGGUGCCUUUCCGAUGCAGCCAGGAGGAGAGGGAGAUGUGUGCUCGCACUGUGUAUUGCACCAACAUUGAUAAGAAGGUCACUCAGGCAGAUGUGAAGCUCUUCUUUGAGUCUCUCUGCGGAGAGAUCUCUCGUCUCCGUCUGUUGGGCGAUUACCACCAUUCUACUCGCAUUGCCUUUGUUGAAUUCGUGAUGGCUGAGAGCGCCAUGGCAGCAUUAAACUGCAGCGGAGCCAUCCUGGGCUCACUCCCCAUCAGCACCGCGCCACCACACCUAUCCACACCUAGCGUUCUCCCCCAGGUGGAGAGCGCGAUGGCAGCAUCAAACUGCAGUAUCGGGGUGAGUCCCUCAGAUGAUCAACUCGCGCAGCACCUGCUGUUCCCCCCACCCCACCCCCUCUCUGCCGCCCUCUCCUUGUCCUCUCCCCCUAUUCCCCCUCCCCCCCGCUUCCCCUCCACCAGGGUGAGCCCUUUCAAGACCUCUGUGCGCCCACGAGCGCCCAGGCAGCGCCUAUUCCUCUUCGUUGAGUUGAAUUUUGAGGCGCCUCAAAAGUCAAUUCAACGCCCACGAGCGCCCACGAGCGCCCACAAGCGCCCAGGCAGCGCCUAUUCCUCUUCCAUCCAAACCUCCCCCUCUUCCGCCCUCGCCCGUCCUCCUUCCUCCAACCCUACCCUUAAUCCCCUUAUCCACCAGGGUGAGUGGAGUCCUUCCACGACCCCUGUGCUCCCACGAGCGCCCAGGCAGCAUCGGCUGUCCCCUCUUGCUCCACCCUUACCCCUCGUAUCCCCCCCAUUUUUCCCCUUCCCCCCCCCUCUCUCUCUCCCCAUCAUAUUGAGUCCCUCCAAGGCCCCUGUGCGCCCACGAGCGCCCACUAACGGUGAGUCCCUCCAAGACCCCUGUGCGCCCUCGAGCGCCCAGGCAGCAUGGGGGGAGGUAGUGACAGGGGGAGGGGCGGCAUGGGGGGAUGUAGUGAGUAGGGGAGGGGCGGCAUGGGGGAGAGGUAGCAACUGGGGGAGGGGCGGCAUGGGCAGAGGGGAGGUAGCAACUGGGGGGAGGGGUGGGAUGGGGGGAGCUGGUAACAGGGGGAGGGGCGGCAUGGGAGGAGGUAGCACCUGGGGUAGGGGCUGCACUGGGGGAGGUAUAAAUUGA